GGCGAGUUGUCUCACCUCGCUGAGGUGGCUGCAGUCCAGGUUCUUCUGGCUCUGACUCCACUGCAAACAUCUGCCCUGGCAGCCGUUCAUCCCGCUCGGUGUCUGUGUGUACCUGGAAAGAGGACUGAAUACUGAAAGCACAAGAAGCAGGAGAAGGCUCAGGGAAGGGACAAUGAUCAGGCCAGCACACUGCUUGUCAUCCUCUGAUUCCCCACAAAAUCUUUCCAGAAAGUUGGAUUUUACCUUAACAUGGGUGUGUCUGGAUUCCACCUUCUGAGGAGAAAACCUGCCCUGCUUCUGCAUUCCGCUUCCUGAGGGGAAACCUGCCCUGCUUCUGGAUUCCACUUCCUGAGGAAUCCCAGUAGCUAGGCAGCCUCCCUCUUUUCUUUCCCUCCUUCCUUCCUUCCACCUCUUCGCUAUGUAGGAAGGGAGAGGCAUCAAUGGAAAGGCUGAAAUACGCGUAGAUGGACUUUCGGAUGCAUUUUUUCUUGAAAGAGGAAGAUAAAUCCCGCUUGCCAGUGCACUGACUUUUGUUGGUGUUGCAUCGCUUGGUAAAAAUGGGGUUCACUCACUCCAGCUGAAUCCUUGGAGCAUUCCAGAGAGUUGCUGCAGUGAAGGAGUUAUCUUUAUUUUUUGCAUCAGAGGAGCUGCAUUGAUGUUAACCAUUUUUUUGUAAAAUGGAGAACGAGAUCUUCACACCCCUUCUGGAGCAGUUCAUGUCGAGCCCUCUUGUCACCUGGGUGAAGACGUUCGGACCGCUGGCUGGAGGAAAUGGGACCAACCUGGAGGAAUAUGUGGCACUGGUGGAUGGAGUGUAUCUGAACGAAGUCAUGCUGCAAAUCAAUCCAAAGUCUGCUAAUCAGAGGAUAAACAAAAAAGUAAACAAUGAUGCAUCAUUAAGGAUUCAAAAUUUGUCUAUUUUGGUGAAACAAAUAAAAACUUACUAUCAGGAGACUUUGCAGCAGUUGAUCAUGAUGUCUUUGCCAAAUGUGCUAAUAAUUGGCAAAAAUCCUUUUUCUGAGCCAGGUACUGAAGAAGUAAAAAAGCUCCUCCUGCUUUUGCUUGGUUGUGCAGUUCAGUGUCAGAAAAAAGAAGAAUUUAUUGAAAGAAUCCAAAGUCUGGAUUUUGAUACCAGAGCAGCUGUUGCAGCCCAUAUUCAGGAGGUAACUCAUAAUCAGGAAAAUGUGUUUGACCUGCAGUGGAUGGAUGUCAUUGUGCUGACACAAGAGUAUGUUGAGCCUCUCCUGAAAAAUAUGGCAUUGCAUUUAAAAAGGCUUAUAGAUGAAAGAGAUGAGCACUCAGAGACCAUCAUCGAGCUGUCGGAGGAGCGGGACUGUCUCCGGUUCCUGCCGCACGCCUCGGCCGCGCAGUCCCCGUGCGGCUCCCCCGGCAUGAAGCGCACCGAGAGCCGGCAGCACCUGAGCGUGGAGCUCGCCGACGCCAAGGCCAAGAUCAGGAGGCUCAGGCAGGAGCUUGAGGAAAAGACUGAGCAGUUGCUUGACUGUAAACAAGAGCUGGAACAGAUGGAAGCUGAACUGAAGAGACUUCAGCAAGAGAACAUGAACCUGCUGUCGGACGCGCGCUCUGCCCGGGUGUACCGCGACGAGCUGGACGCGCUGCGGGAGAAGGCGAUCCGCGUGGACAAGCUGGAGAGCGAAGUCAGCCGCUACAAAGAGAGGCUCCAUGACAUUGAGUUCUACAAAGCCAGGGUGGAGGAGUUAAAGGAAGACAAUCAAGUGUUGCUAGAAACCAAGACAAUGUUGGAAGAUCAGUUAGAGGGGACCCGAGCUCGUUCAGAUAAACUGCACGAGUUGGAAAAGGAGAAUUUACAGCUGAAAGCUAAAUUGCAUGACAUGGAGAUGGAGCGUGAUAUGGACAGAAAGAAGAUUGAGGAGCUCAUGGAGGAAAAUAUGACCCUAGAAAUGGCUCAGAAGCAAAGUAUGGAUGAGUCUUUGCAUCUUGGCUGGGAGCUGGAGCAGAUAAACAGGACUACUGAACUUUCUGAAGUGCCACAGAAAUCACUGGGCCAUGAGGUGAAUGAGCUGACAUCCAGCAGGUUACUGAAGCUGGAAAUGGAAAACCAAAGUUUGCUGAAGACUGUGGAAGAGCUGCAAAGUGCAGUGGGCUCUGUGGAAGGCAGCAGUUCAAGGAUUCUGAAAAUGGAAAAAGAAAACCAAAGACUUAGCAAGAAGCUUGAAGAGCUGGAGAAUGAAAUUAGCCAAGAGAAACAAAGUCUUCAGAACAGUCAAAAUCAGAGUAAAGAUUUGAUGAAAGAAAAAGCCCAGCUUGAAAAGACACUUGAAGCACUUCGAGAGAACUCCGAGCGACAAAUUAAACUCUUAGAACAAGAAAAUGAGCACUUGAAUCAAACUGUGGCUUCUCUAAGGCAGCGCUCACAAAUCAGUGCUGAGGCAAGAAUGAAAGAAAUUGAGAAGGAAAAUAAAAUCCUCCACGAGUCUAUCAAAGAGACCAGCAGUAAGUUAAAUAAAAUUGAAUUUGAAAAAAAACAAGUCAGGAAAGAACUGGAGCACUACAAAGAGAAAGGGGAGAGGGCAGAAGAAUUAGAGAAUGAGCUGCAUCGUCUGGAGAAGGAAAAUGAGUUAUUACAGAAGAAAAUCACCAACCUAAAAAUCACUUGUGAGAAGAUCGAGGCCUUAGAACAAGAGAACUCUGACCUGGAGACAGAGAACAGAAAGCUGAAAAAAACCUUGGAUAGCCUGAAAAACCUCACUUUUCAAUUGGAGUCCUUAGAAAAGGAGAAUUCCCAACUCGACGAAGAAAAUUUAGAGUUACGGAGGACAAUUGAAUCCUUGAAGUGUACAAGCAUGAAAGUGGCACAGUUACAGUUAGAAAAUAAGGAGCUAGAGAGUGAAAAGGAGCAGCUCAAAAAAAGCCUUGAACUGAUGAAAGCCUCUUUUAAGAAGACUGAACGCUUGGAAGUCAGUUACCAAGGCCUGGACACAGAAAACCAAAGGCUACAGAAAGCCCUGGAAAACAGCAAUAAGAAGAUUCAGCAAUUAGAGAGUGAAUUACAAGAUUUAGAGACUGAAAAUCAAACCCUGCAAAAGAACUUGGAAGAGUUAAAAAUCUCCAGUAAGCGCCUGGAGCAGUUGGAAAAGGAGAAUAAGUUGUUAGAACAAGAGACUUCUCAACUGGAAAAGGAUAAGAAACAGCUGGAAAAGGAAAAUAAAAGGCUUCGACAGCAAGCAGAAAUUAAAGAUAGUACCUUAGAAGAAAAUAAUGUCAAAAUCAGUAAUCUGGAAAGGGAAAAUAAAUCUCUAUUUAAAGAAAUAGUUGUGUAUAAAGAGUCCUGUCUGCGCCUUAAAGAACUGGAAAAGGAAAACAAGGAACUGGUGAAAAGAGCUACCAUUGAUAAAAAAACCCUGGUCACUUUGAGAGAGGACUUGGUGAAUGAGAAAUUGAAGACUCAACAGAUGAACAAUGAUCUGGAAAAACUGGCCCACGAGCUGGAGAAAAUUGGCUUGAACAAGGAGCGUCUCCUGCACGAUGAGCAGAGCAGUGAUGACAGUAGGUACAAGCUUUUGGAGUCCAAGUUAGAAUCCACGCUCAAGAAGUCUCUGGAAAUAAAAGAAGAAAAAAUUGCUGCUUUGGAAGCUCGUUUGGAAGAAUCAACAAAUCUAAACCAGCAGCUGCGUCAGGAGCUGAAAACAGUGAAGAAGAACUAUGAAGCUCUCAAGCAGAGACAAGAAGAGGAAAGGAUGGUUCAGAAUUCUCCUCCAAGAAGUGGAGAAGGAAAUCAGUCUGUCAAUAAGUGGGAGAAAGAAAAUCAGGAGACUACUAGAGAAUUAUUGAAAGUUAAAGAUAGAUUGAUCGAGGUGGAGAGGAAUAACGCGACGCUGCAGGCGGAGAAGCAGGCGCUGAAAACGCAGCUCAAGCAGCUCGAGACGCAGAACAACAACCUGCAGGCCCAGAUCCUGGCCCUGCAGAGACAGACUGUGUCCCUGCAGGAGCAAAACACAACUCUGCAAACUCAGAAUGCCAAGCUGCAGGUUGAGAAUUCCACGCUGAACUCCCAGAGCACGUCCCUGAUGAACCAGAACGCGCAGCUGCUGAUCCAGCAGUCGGCCCUGGAGAACGAGAACGAGGCGGUGCUGAAGGAGCGCGAGGACCUGAAGGGGCUCUACGAGGCCCUGCUCAAGGACCACGAGCGCCUGGAGCAGCUGCACGAGCGCCAGGCCGCCGAGUACGAGUCCCUGAUCGCCAAGCACGGCAGCCUCAAGUCUGCCCACAAGAACCUGGAGGUGGAGCACAAGGACCUGGAGGAUAGGUACAAUCAAUUGCUGAAACAGAAAGUGCAGCUGGAAGAACUAGAGAAGGUUCUCAAGACAGAGCAGGACAAAAUGCUGCAGCAAAGCGAGAAGCAUGAAACUGUGGCAGCAGAAUAUAAAAAGCUUCGGGAUGAAAAUGAAAGGCUCACUCACACGUACACUCAGCUCCUGAGGGAGAAUGAGGUGCUACAGACUGACCACAAGAAUCUGAAAACAUUGUUGAACAAUUCCAAACUGGAGCAAACUCGGUUGGAAGCUGAGUUUUCCAAACUCAAAGAACAGUACCAGCAACUGGAUAUUACAUCAACAAAGCUGAAUAAUCAGUGUGAGCUGCUCAGCCAACUUAAAGGAAACCUGGAGGAGGAAAACAGACACCUGCUGGAUCAAAUCCAGACCUUAAUGCUGCAGAACAGAACGUUACUGGAGCAGAACAUGGAAAGCAAGGAUCUCUUCCAUGUAGAGCAAAGGCAGUACAUUGACAAACUGAACGAAUUGAGGCGGCAGAAGGAGAAACUGGAGGAGAAGAUAAUGGAUCAGUAUAAAUUUUAUGAGCCAUCCCCACCAAGAAGAAGGGGCAACUGGAUCACCCUGAAGAUGAGGAAGCUGAUCAAGUCCAAGAAGGACGGGAACCGCGAGCGCCUCAAGUCGGUGACGCUGACGCCCACGCGCUCCGAGUCCAGCGAGGGAUUCCUGCAGCUGCCCCACCAGGACAGCCAGGACAGCUCCUCUGUGGGCUCCAACUCCCUGGAGGAUGGGCAGACCCUGGGCACCAAAAAGAGUAGUAUGGGUGCACUGAAAAGACUGCCCUUUUUGAGGAACAGACCGAAGGAAAAAGACAAAAUGAAGGCCUUCUACCGUCGCUCCAUGUCCAUGAAUGACCUGGUGCAGUCCAUGGUCCUGGCAGGAGGACAAUGGACAGGUAGUUCUGAGCAUCUGGAGGGUCCUGAUGAUAUAUCCACGGGUAAAAGGAGGAAGGAAUUGGGAGCUAUGGCCUUCUCUACUACAGCUAUCAACUUUGCCACUGUCAACUCCUCCACAGGCUUCAGAUCCAAGCAGUUGCUAAAUAAUAAAGAUACUACAUCCUUUGAAGAUGUAAGUCCACAAGGUAUUAGUGAUGAUUCUAGUACAGGAUCAAGAGUUCAUGCUUCCAGACCAGCCAGCCUUGAUAGUGGCAGGACAUCCACUAGCAAUAGCAAUAACAAUGCUUCACUCCAUGAAGUCAAAGCAGGUGCAGUGAACAGCCAGAGCAGGCCCCAGAGCCACAGCAGUGGGGAGUUCAGCCUGCUCCAUGAGCACGAGGCCUGGUCCAGCAGCAGCAGCAGCCCCAUCCAGUACCUGAAGGGCCACACCAGGUCCAGCCCUGUGCUCCAGCACAGGACGCCCGAGGCGCCCGAGAGUCGCGGCAAAGCCACCAAAACGGGCUCCCCUGGCAGUGAGGUGGUCACCCUGCAGCAGUUCCUGGAAGAAAGCAACAAGAGGAACUCCAGUGAGAUGAAGUCUGCAAGUGAAGAGAACCUUUUAGAUGAAGUGAUGAGGAGCUUGUCUGAGUCUGCGGAGCUGGCAGGGAGGGAGAAGCUGCGAAAGCAGCCGGCAGCUGGCUGUGGGAUCGUGAGAUCCCUGAGUGUCAGAAACACAGGGGAUUUCUCAGAUGGACGAUCCCUCAAACCAGAGCAGCUGGUGAGGCCCAGCCUCCGGAAGGCUGAAGAUCUCUACUUCAGCAGCUCUCCAAUCAAAUUCACCCCCGGCGCCCAGGGGAAGGCCCGGUCCGUGAAAGAAAAGAUCCAAGCGACUGUGACCCAGCGACAAUCCAGGGACUGCAACCCCUACGCCACCUUACCUCGUGCCAGCAGCGUGAUUUCCACGGCAGAAGGAACCACACGAAGGACAAGCAUCCAUGAUUUUUUGUCUAAGGACAGUAGGCCGCCCGUGCCCGUGGAUGCAGCCCCGGCUGACAGGAGUGCUCCGCCCAGCUCCAGUGAGUACUCGGCACUGCGGGUGUCCUCUCCUUGUGUUCACUGUGUGCCUGCCAGGGGGGAGCGUGGCCCGCAGGGCGAGGCGGCUCCCACGCUCGCACCACGCCAUGUAGGAGGUAACUCUGAGCUUGCCAAGCCUUCCAGGAUGGAAAGGCCGGGUUGUCGUGAGAGGACUUUGCCGAGCGCGGGGGUGUUCUGGGAUAAAGCCAGCGGAUCUGGGAGUGGCGGUGCAGGGUCCUUCGCUGCGCCCCAGCCCUUCUUAUCCCUCAACACCGAGUUAGUCAGCAAUAUCAGUGGAUUGCCCCCGAGAUCCUCCUCCAAAGCAGCUGACCAGGCAAAUGUGUCGGCGUUUAGGUCAGUGCUGAGGAGCCAGGAGCAGCCUUGUGCUGCUCCAAAGGCUCAGGGUGACCCUCGGGCAGCUCUGACCGGGGACCCUGUCCCGGCCCCCGGCCCUGGCGAGGCCCAGUCCCCGCUGCUGGUCUCGGAAGAUAACCAGACCCUGUGGUAUGAGUAUGGCUGUGUAUGAAAGAAAGCUGUAUUAUUAAAUAUUUAUGUCUAACAUGCCAUAAAGGUGUUCUCCAUGUCCACUGGAUGACAGAGGAAACUUCCCUCCACUGAAGGAAUCAUUGCUGGUUUAUCCGCGGGGUGGUUGUUCCCUGCGGACGGCGGCUGUGGACUGUGGCAUGUUUGAACGUGGAAUUGUAACCCCACCAAAGUCUGCAUGAAACAUUAAUUGCACUGUGUAUAUUUUGCAUGCCUUUAUAAUACAAGCUCUAUUUUAAUUUGUCACGCAUUGCAAAUAUUUUGGUGUUUUCCUGUUGGUUACUGCUGCAUGUUAAAGCAAGAGCAUGCCCGGAACGGCGCAGGGAGCAGCAUUCCUGGGACAAGGACAGCACUGGCAGUGGAGCUCGAGCUCUCAGGGCUAUCAAUAAUACACUGAAUAUCUGCCUGGAGGGAAAAAAACCUUUUUUUCCCUCUUCUUUCAAAAAUGAAGUACUAAUGGUAAGAAGCAUUUGGAGAUAACUCAGUGUCUUCUUACCCUUUUCAUUUAUGCUGUGUCAUGGCAUAAAUGCACGAGGAACAAGUGCCCAGUAAUCCAAAUAAUUCAGUGCCUCUUAGUUUGCACAGUAAAUAUUAAUUACUGUCCAUACUGAGUAAUAAACACACACACCAUUCAUAAUCCCGAACAGAAAUGAUAGUUCUUACAAAGAGGUGAUAAAUAGUUGCAUGAUACACAGCACUUGUCAUGAAAAAAUGACCUUUUCCACCUUUUCCCUUUGAUCUGCUUUGUCUUUCCAGUCGUGGGUACAAUUGUGGUGAAUUGUUUGGUUUUAUCAGGGGUCAAGUAACAGGCUCCUUGUGAUGGAUAGGAAUAAAAAACUGUCUUGAGUAUGGUGGAAAUUCAUUUUUUCUUGUCAAUGGAAGUACCACUGAUGUAAUAAAAAACAAAUGGUGUAAAAAAAUAACAGAAAAUGUUAAAGUGAUGCAGUUAAAUAAAAGAAAAAAUAAAGUUGUUGCAAGGUUAUGGGAGGAUAUGAAUACUUCAGCAAAUAACUCCUUAAAUUCCAGAUGAGCAGCUAAAGAGAAAUGUUGAAAAGUAAUUAGUUAAUGUGCCACUGUCUCUGCACAUGCUUGAAACUUCUCAAUGGUAAAUUCAAAGAGAGUUUAAAAUUGUAUCAGAUUUAAGCUAUAAUUACACUAGGCUUUGGACAUGAGCACUUCUUUGCAAGAGGACAUUGUUAUGGCAGUUAUUGGAGCUAAAGUACAUUAUAAAAAAUUUGAAUGACAGUAUAGCUAGAGGAAAAAUAAUUAAAAUUGAAAAUAUACAUUGAAAAACAACAAGUGUCACAUUCUGUUUUGUACAAACGCAUUUAUUCUGCCAACAGUUUUGUGGCAGUCACAGAACCACUGUGUGGGCUGGACUUUUAAUUCCUCAGUGCUUAGUUAGUGAGGGGCAGUGAAUCCAUAGCUCCCCAAGGAGGACUCCAUGUGGGAGUCUGGAAGGGUUCUGUUUUUUAUGGGAUGGGAAGCCCUGCAGUUCAGGAGCGAGGGGAGGAUAUUGAAUGUCUGUGGAGAAUAAAAUGACUGAUGGAGGGUGUGACACAGUCCUUCCCUCAGGUCUGUAGCACUCAUUGUUAUUGGGCUGACAAAUCCUUUACUUCUCCCAGGACUAGGCACUGUCAGCUAUUGCUGUGUUCCCUCUGAGCUAUCUCAGCAGCAAAAGAAUGAGAAAUCUGAGCUAUAUAAUCUCAAUUUCACACAGGUUUACUCUCACAGAGCAAGAGCAGUGUUCUAGUCUUGGGUCAUGCAUUUGACUUCUCUCCAGCUCAUCUGUAGGUGUGUUGGGAUUAGGUUGGAGGUGAAGAGCAGCAGCAUCCCAAGCAAUGUGUGCAUAAGGCAGAAUUACAAUCCCAGAGAGCCCUUAAUACAAACUCAUCCUGUGCUGCCAGGGUCUGGCUCUUCUUCCCUGUGCCCUCAGAGCCACUGGUCAGAACAAGGUGUGUGGCUGCUUUAAUCAGCUCUGGCUGCAGAGCCCUUGAGUGUGGUGUUGCCUCCUCCUCUUGCUUAGGUUCUUAGACAGUCACCUACAAAAACUUCCAGUAUUGUCCUCAGCUUCCCUCUUAAACCCCAAGGGCUUUGGAAUUGCCAAGCAUGAGUGCCCUGGAGCACCAGUGCCUCCAGUCUGCUGGAGUUGGAGACUGAGCUGGUCCAGCUCAAGCCGCUCUGCACUGGUUUAUAAAUUUGCAAGGAAUUGCCUUUCAGUUCUGAGGAGAAUAACUUGUUUUGUUCCACUGAGUUCAGCAGCAGCAGAAUGUUCUGCAAGAGAGUGUUUAAUGGCUCUGAAUAACGUCUUAUCAAAUUUGUUUGUUACAUAUGAAAAAAAAGAACAUGUUGUCAUGGACAGAAGGAUCUUUUUUGUCCUUCACUUUUUGGAUGUUCGUGGAUGUCUGCCUAUGUUCAAGUAGUGGAAGGUUCCAUGGAGUUCAUUCCAUUCCCAAUCUCUGCUGCUCCUCAGCCACAUGUGCAGGGCAGGAUGGAGCCCUUGCUUAUUCCUUGGUUCCUGCUGCCUUGGGCAGUGCUAAGUUAGGACUUUGCAUGAUACUGAUAAACACUAAAUAUGUGGCUGCUGCCCAGAAAGGUUUUGUUGUUCAGGCUCAGCCGUUUGCUCACAGUUGAGGCUUGCCUGGCUCAGGGUUUGCCUGGCUCAGGGUUUGCUUGAUGCUUUGCUUUCAGUGACUGGUGAAUUCAGAUGCUGCAUUUUGCAUGUUCAGGCUGUUGCAUGCAAAGACAGUUUUGUGCUUUGUGGAGCUGAAUGUGAACGUUCCUGUCGGUGUGCAGCAGGUCAAAACACAAUGAAAGAAGUUCUCUGCUAGGGCCAGUCAGCUGUGAUUGCACCUCAGUAUUGCUUUUUAUUUCCAUUCAUGCAGAAAUGUAGGGUUGGUGUAGCUAAAGGUGACAUGUAUCUGACUGUGGCUUUAGGAAUAAUACCUGGCUGUUGUAAAUGCUGAGAUGAAUGUCAGUGAGUGUAGAUGAGCAGGCACUUGGAGUGAAUUUCUUCUGUCCCUCUCCUCUGUCCUUUCCUCCUAAAAACAACCAGAAAGUGUUUAUGUAUCCUUUUGCUCUCCUAAUGAGUAGAAUGUGUUUUAAUGCAUGAGGGGUUUUUUUCAUGUCCUGAUAAACACAAUGAAUAACCUGAAAUGCUUUUCUCUGCAGAUGUGGAAGCUAUCCCAGAAAGCAGAAAUUCAAAAAGCAGGUCUAGGGAGCAACAAAGCUCCUAAUUCUAUUACCCACUACCUGAGCUGUGGGCCAAGUGGUGAGUUUCCUGCCCAGCCUGUAAAUGAGAUGAAUUUCAUUUACAACAAACUAACAGCAUUCCAUCUCAGCCCCAGAGCACAUUGCAUUAACCAGAUGUAAAUCCUGCUUGCUUCCCUGGCUUCUCUCGCGCUCACUCGUUAGCCCGGGGCCGGUGGCUCUCCAGAGCUUCUUCCAGAGGCAGGGAACCUCACCCUGCUCAGCCUUUUGCCUGUAAAAAUGACAUUUAUUUUUAUUUUUCCAAUCUCCUGAAGAAGAAAGUUCAAAGAAAUCCCAUUAAGAAAUAAUACUGUAGUCAGUUUUUUAGACAGGGACAGGUAAAUCUGAAAGAACAGUUGAACAAAACUCCGAGUAUUCAGUACCCCACGGAAUCUGUCUUUUUAUAAAGCUUGGUUUUGGUGUUCUGUCCUCUUCUCCACCUCCCUGAGCCCCUUUGGUGCAUGCUGUUAGUGCUGUUAGUGACUGAACUCUGUGUGUUGUGCUUCUACACUUGAAGCUUUUUCUUACACUCUUUUCUCUUUCUGCCUUUUGACUGACCACAGAGAGAAAAGUGUCCUUCAGUAUCUCAGUGUGAAGCCUUUAUAUCUGAAGUAACAAGACAGCGACUGUAGGAAUCAUUAAUAAAAAUUAAGGGAAUUUUUUACAUUCUUCGUGACUAGAGCAGGCAAGAAAUAAAAACCUACCUACCUACCUUCCUUCCUUCCUUGAAUCAAGGAGCUCUACUGGAGUCUACUGCCGAAAAUGUGUAGAUGGUCUUAGGAAUUAUUGCACAUUGCACUGUUAAGAUCUACUGAAUAAAGGACAGUUCUCAUCUCCCUAAGGACCAAGGAUUUUAAGGUCUCGAGAAUUACUCCAGGGGAAAAAAAAUAAAACAAAACUUCUUUCAUCUUCUGUUUUUGAAAUUAGCCACUGAUUUGCUUAAGCUUCUGCUAAUAAUUAGCCAAAAACCCCCAAAACUAGCAGUUUCUAUUUACGUCUGUAAAUCUAAAGGAAAUGCUGUAGAAUUUUGUUGAAAUGGACUGUAUAUACAGAUACAAAAACCUCACAGCUCCUGGCACUUCACUGCCUUAUUUGGUUAGCAUAAUCUGCAUGAAAUUGCUCUUAAGAAAGUUUAUGCUGAUUUUUGUUGCAUACUGCAAGAGAAAAAUUUGUUUACAUCCGUGGAAAAGCUUGGUAACUAACAGAAGUGGGAGUCAUGGGAUAAUGGUAUUAUAGAGACAUUGUUUGUCCUUUGUGUUUUUCACAUUCCCGAGUUACUCUGCAUAUGUAUGUUCAGAUGUUUCUGACAGGACAUUGUCGGGUAUGGUUUUUCUAUAACUUUUAUUUUAAUAUAAGGCUGUUUUCCACAAAUGCCAUUUCCAGGAAAGACUGUCUUACGAUGUUUGUGUAUUGACUAAUUUUUUUUUUUUUUUUUUACUGUUCGUCUUUUGACAUGAGCUGAUUGUGGCUUAGGAGGUUUCUUGAUGGCAAAAAGAAAUGUAAAUAAUAUCACAUGCAUUUUACAAUCAGUUCCCUCUAAAGUUAUCUUUUACUAGAUACAUUUUGUUCAUUAUUGAUUUAUAUUAAAGUCAACAAACAUUAUUGGUACAUUUGGUGGUCGCAUAUAUUUGUUUGGAAAGAUUUGCAGCGAGCUCAGAGAAAGUUGAUGGGAACUGAGACCCAAAACGAGUUGUUCUAUUUUAUUAAAGCCAGUAAGCACAUUCCUGUUCCUCAUGUAAAGGGCUGAGUUCCCUGUGUCACCUCCAAGUGUCCAGCAGGCAUAAUGUCACCUGCAGCUUCCUCAGAAGGUGAGCCCCACUGCUGAAGGCAGUUCAACAGAUUCAGAAGCUUGAAAUCUUCUCAAAAAGGGGAAAAAAGAGGCAUGGGCAAUAAGCUUUAGAAGGGGAGAUUUUCUGUUUGUUUUCUUGAAAAUAAGUUUCUUCUGAAAUUUUCUUUGUGGUAAAAUGGGCUCAAAGAUCUUAGGGCAUAACGGGUAUGACAGAAAAUUCAAAGGCCAUAAAGAUCAGGAAAAUCUCUUCAUUCUGAAUGACAAUGGGCUCAAGCUCAUUUCAGGGCCUGGGUUCUCCUCACUCUCUGCUGACAGAGGACUGAUGCAGCUCAAACCCCCCAGCCAGAACCGUUUGUCACGUUACUGUUACAGACCCCGGAGAUUGAAACUGCAGUGCCAAAUGCUGCCAGGAUCCCAGCUGGGUGGCUGUGUCUGGGGACACUCACUGUCACUGCCAUGACUCUGGCACACACUCUGUGUGUGGAGCACUGCUGGGCACAUGGAAGUGCCCUCAGCACAGCUGGAUGUGUCCUUUCCAUCACGCAGGGAUCCCCUCCCGCUCCACUGACCAGCUCAGCUCGCUCAAGCUGCCUGCUUUGCUUUGCUUUGCAGAGAAGUUCCCUGGCACUCGAGCAGUCAGGUGGCUCUCUGUGCUCUGCCAAUUCCCCUUUCCUUCUUCUUUUCUUAACCUUCCCAGUCUGUGCCCUUAGAGGGAAAUAAAAAACCAAAUUUAACCUGGGAGCAGCUUCUCAGUUCCUGCUGCUCCCAAUGCCAGGGAUGCACAUGGCAGCUUUGUACCCCAGGGAUCCCAAACCCAGCACUGCCAGUUCCAGGUUACAGAGGAGGUUCUCAUGCCAUACAAUGUGUAUGUUCUAUUUACUUUUCUGAUAGUCUCUGAAGAUUUAGUAACAUUCCCAGCACCUGUUAUUAUUAUCAUAAUUUCUAAAUUUUGUCCAGGACAUGAUGCAGCCUAACAAAGGGAGCUCAUGUGUGAUUUUUAGGGGUAGCUGAUGAUGUAUAUGUAAAUAAUGCUUUGAUAUUAAUAAAACUGCCUUAAAGGAAUGUACCAAGGUGUGAACCAGAACUUAAAAAGCUCUUAUUUAAAAUUGUAAUUUCCUUUACAUAUUGAUUUUUUUAAUGUUUGCCAUUGUAUACAUUUAUUAAUGAUGUUAUUAAAAUGCCAAACCAAAUAAUUUUUAUUCUUAUUUUGUGUGUGUGUAUUUAUACACACUUUUUUCUGGAAACUGAUGUUACUGGAAGGGUAUUGGUGUCGUGGUGAUGUGUGCAGUGAGUAUUUCUUCUGGAAGGAAACUGGUAAAACUGUAGCAGAA